GAUUUCGUGAGAGAAUAUUAUAUAGCAUAGAUGUGCGUGGGGAAUAAGCCUUCUUCUCUGGCCACCGUGGAUUUACAGCUGGCCUUACAUCGAAGGCCAACGAACUGUGCCGAAUGACGAAUGUUACAUCCAGUUCAUCGAAACGAACCAUUACAUCACUUUCGGUACAGCGAUCGCUGCCUUCUAUGUUCCAGUCUCUGUCAUGUGCUCCCUUUAUUGGCGGAUAUGGAGGGAGACGGAAAAGCGACAGAAAGAUCUUCCCAACCUUCAAGCCGGAAAGAAGGAUAGUAGUAAGAGGAGUAACUCUAGCAAUACAACAAUUUUCUCUAAUUUUCUGAGAAACACGCUCCCGCCCGGCAGGAUAGGACGCCCUACUUAUGCUAUUAUAGAUAUCGCAUGUACUCUUAUAUAUUUAUUCAAUAGAUGUGUAUAGAUUUGUUUUUGCUUACUUUUGUGAAUUUAUUUGCUUCCUAUAUGUAUUCUAAUUUGUGUUCCCAGAGUUUAAAUAAAC